AUGAGUCAGCUGCAUGGGCCGAAGAGAGGUAUCAAAGAAAUCAGACUGAGUGGAAAAGCAGAACCAAUGAAUGCUAGGCGGUCAAAAUCUUCCUCUCCAAAAUAUCCACCCUUGAUGAGUAUUCUGUUAUUCAAGGAAAGCAUUCCUUCAAGUUACACAGGAAUUAAUUUUUGGAAUUUUUAUAUUUCCACUCCCUGUCCUAAAUUUGACUUCUGCAAUCCAGUGCUGGUCCUUCAGCCCUUUGUGGACAGACUUCACAUCUCCCUUGGUCUUCUCUCCUCCACAUUCAAUGUAGCAACAUAA